AUCAAAUACGAGGAUCAAAAGAAGAACCCAGCAGUUCUCCCCCAUUGCGUCCCCCGACUCUCUCGCCGACGACGGCGCACCACCGCCGGCGCAAGUUGCACCCCCACCGUGCCUCGAACUCCGUGGUGCUGGAAGCGAGAAGAGAGACGAGAACCGAGAGGGCUUUCGUCGCUGUAUCACAGCGCUGCGAGACUUUUCCCUUCGCAGUCGACGAUGGCGAUGGUUUUGCGGCGAAUUCUUCUCAACGGGAAGGCGAUUUCGUUGCCUAGUGCCUCGCCGAAUACGCAAUCAGAUUCGUUCGUUCCUGCAUUUUCCAGAUUCUUCUCCAAAUCCGCUCCGUACGCGGUGAAGGUUGGGAUUCCGGAGUUUCUGCAGGGGAUUGGCGGAGGGGUGGAAGCCCAUGUUGCCAAGCUCGAGUCUGAGAUUGGUGACUUCAACAGUUUACUUGUUUCCCGCACACUUAAGCUCAAGAAGCUCGGCAUCCCUUGCAAACAUAGGAAGUUGAUAUUGAAGUAUGCCCACAAAUAUAGGGUCGGACUAUGGAGACCUAGAGCUGCAUCCGUGAAAUCUUAAGAGUGGUUCUGCCUAAAAAUUGUCAUAGUUAGCCACUGCCGAAGAGCUCUCCCAUCGGGAAUGAUAUGAAUUAACUUUUACUUCCAUGGAUAGCUUCUUUGAAAUUCAGUUCAGAUCAAAUUGUUGUUUGCUUGCUGCCUUCUGGUUCAGGAAACAAUCAGUUUAAUUAGACUGUUCAAGCAACAUUGAUCUGCCAAGUUUUACUGUGGUGUAGAUUAUGGAAUCAAUGUUUUGUCGGGGAAAAGAGAUCAUCGCCCUUUUUGUUUUCCAUAUCCUGGUGCAAUUAAGAAUCACUUUUUCAUUCAUUUCUGG